GCUUGUGGAAGAGUUAUGGCUAAACAUCAUCCAGAUUUGAUUUUCUGCCGCAAGCAGGCUGGUGUUGCUAUCGGAAGACUGUGUGAAAAAUGUGAUGGCAAAUGUGUGAUCUGUGACUCCUAUGUGCGACCCUGCACCCUGGUUCGAAUAUGUGAUGAGUGUAACUAUGGAUCUUACCAGGGCCGUUGUGUGAUCUGUGGAGGUCCUGGAGUCUCUGAUGCCUACUAUUGUAAAGAGUGCACAAUUCAGGAGAAGGAUAGAGACGGUUGCCCAAAGAUUGUCAAUUUGGGGAGCUCUAAGACAGACCUGUUCUAUGAACGCAAAAAAUACGGCUUCAAGAAGAGGUGAUGGGUGGGCUGGUCCUUCCUCCCCCAUCAAGCUGUUGCAGCUGCCAGAAAAGACGCCUACUACCACCAGCAGAAAGGGACUGGAGCCCAGCAUGUCACCAGAACAUCCUGCUAGACCUAGUAUCUUGGCCCCCUGCCCCUGUCUUUCCCUCACCUCACUGGUGGGGAUGAAAGAGAGGUCUUCACAGAGCACUCUAGCAGACUGGAAGGAAAAUUGCUAGGUUAGUUCAUAGUUUGUUUUGUUCUAGAUGGAGAAACAAGGCUCUGCUCUCUACAUUGAUAGAUUCUCUCCACACCCAAAGCUGCAAAGUGAGUCUUCUGUCUGUGGCCUUGAUAACCAAGCUGACACAGGCAAAAGCAUGGCCUUGCAGCAUCUAUGAUGGUGGUGGUCUCCUGUAUCGCUCAUUGUGGCCAGGAGCCAUCAGAACAGUAAUGUGAUGUGACACUUCCCAGGUGGCUCUGGCUUCAUGUUAUUUUCCUUCUUUGAAGUUGGAAAUUUCUGUUGUUCUAAUAAAGUUGGUGUGUAUUU